AUGGCACAGGACAGGCCCAGCCCCUACGAGGCCACCCACCUGCCGCAGCGCAAGCGGGAGGUGUCAGACAAGCCAGGCACGCACCAGUGGAGCAGCGAGGAUUACGAGGCCAGCGCGCAGGCAAGGAACGCGACGCGGCUGCAGCAGGCGUGGUCGGGCCGCCCGUUUGCCACGGAUGACGACGACAGCAGCCGCGCCAGCAGCAGGCCGGGAUCGGUGGCCGGCUCUGAUGGCGGCAGCAGCCACCACCUGCACCACCAAGGUCACGUCGCGCCGGCGGGCAAGGUCGGCAGCACCACCAUCGAUGCCGAGGUCUACAGCAGCGCACUAGCGGCGUCUGCAGCCGCCAAGCAGCAGCGCUACACAGCGGCAGCCAGCGCUCCCACGCCAUUUGCGGUGCGCGCUGGCGAGGGCGGCAUGGCGGGCGUGCCCUCAGGGGAGGCGUACCACUACCACAAGCCCGAGCGCGCCGAGCCUGCCGCCAAGGUGGGCGACGGCGGCUACCACUACCACAAGCCGCAGCAGGUGGAGCCGGCGGGCAAGGUGGGCGCCAUCGCCGGCAGCGACCGCCGCCAGAACAGGCCAUCUGAUCAGGCAGAGGCGUCGGGCAAGGUCGGCGGGGGCGGCUGGGACAAGCAGGCAGCAGAGGAUGCAUGCCGGCAGCGCGAUGUGGAGAAGGAGAAGGCAAGGAGCCGCAACUGGGGCACCUUCCAGAUUGGGUAA